AUGAAGCCCACGGAAAAUCCAAAUACCAACCCCAAAUUCCUUGCUGCGUUACGCAUGGAAAUCAGUGCUGGCUCCAAUGACGGGAUUACCACCUUGAUGGUUUACAACAUUAUAGAAGUCGUGAGCCAAAUCGGCAUCGUGGGUAGACCUCACGUGCCGUUCCUGCCUGAGGUGUCUAGCUGCAACCCCGCUGCGGCAGUCGGGGCCUCAUGGGGCACCCGUGGACCCCAGACCUUGUGA